ACACCAACCACUUUUCUCAUUUCUCCAUUCCUUCCUCCUAGGAAGAAGAGAUAGAGAGAGAGAGAGAGAGAGUCAGUGAUGGCAGGACAAUCAAGAAAAUGGAUGAUACUAAUAGCAACAAUAUGGAUUCAAGCAUUCACAGGAACAAAUUUUGAUUUCUCAUCAUACUCAUCAACAAUGAAAUCCGUACUCAAAAUCUCACAAGUGCAACUUAACUACUUAGCAACUGCAAGUGACAUGGGUAAAGUGUUUGGUUGGUCUUCUGGUCUUGCUCUUAUGUAUCUUCCAAUCUCUCUUGUCAUGUUUAUUGCUGCUUCAAUGGGUCUUGUUGGUUAUGGUCUUCAAUUUCUUCUCAUCAAUAACCUCAUCACUUUGCCCUAUUUUCUGGUUUUUUUUCUGUGUCUGUUAAGUGGCUGCAGUAUCUGUUGGUUCAACACAGUAUGUUUUGUUCUCUGCAUCAAAAACUUCCCAGUUAACAGAUCCUUAGCAUUGUCGCUCACUGUGAGUUUCAAUGGUGUAAGUGCAGCACUCUACACUCUCGCCGCAAAUUCCAUAAACCCUUCAUCAGAUCAACUCUAUCUUCUUCUGAAUGCUCUUGUCCCUCUUCUCACUUCGAUCGCAGCAUUACUUCCGAUUCUUCGCCAACCGCCUUUAUCAGACACUCAUUCUCCACAUGCCGCUCGUCAGAACUCGGUUAUAUUUCUAACAUUGAACAUUUUAGCGGUUUUCACAGGAAUUUAUCUCCUUAUCUUUGCCUCAUCAACUUCUGAUGAAGCAACGUCAAGGCUUUACUUUGGUGGAGCUCUUAUACUUUUGAUUUCGCCGUUAUGUAUUCCUGGUGUUAUAUAUGCUAGAGAUUGGUUUCACCGCGCUGUUCAUCCUAGCCUUCGAGUCGAAAACUCUAGCUUCAUUCUUGUUCAUGUUAAUGAUCUUGAGCUUCACAAAGAACUCCUUACGCGUCAAAACAGCGCUCGGAGCAAUGGAGAUGCUCAAGGCCUGCUUGGUGAAAACGGAUAUGGUACUCAGAGAGCAAAGAGUAGUGAUGUGAAUUGUGACAAGUUUUUUGGGCAGGAUCAAUUGGAAAUGCUGGGAGAAGAGCAUUCAGCCGCGGUUCUUGUGAAAAGGUUGGAUUUUUGGCUUUAUUAUAUUGCAUACUUCUGCGGAGGUACAAUUGGUCUUGUUUACAGCAAUAAUCUUGGACAGAUAGCUCAAUCUUUAGGCCACAGUUAUAGAACGUCGACUCUUGUGACGCUAUAUUCAUCGUUCUCCUUCUUUGGACGUUUGCUUUCAGCUAUGCCUGACUACAUUCGAAACAAGUUCUACUUUGCAAGAACAGGGUGGCUAACCAUUGCACUUUUACCAACCCCAAUUGCAUUCAUCUUGCUGGCUUCAUCGGAAAGUGCUAUGGCACUUAAUACCGGGACUGCACUAAUCGGUCUGAGCUCAGGUUUCAUAUUUGCAGCUGCAGUGGCCGUUACAUCUGAGCUCUUUGGACCUGACAGUUUGAGUGUCAAUCACAACAUUCUCAUAACAAACAUUCCAAUUGGAUCCCUUCUCUAUGGUUUUAUGGCUGCAAUAGUUUAUGAUGCUAAUGCUAUCUCAGCACCUGGAAAUGGAAACAUAAUAAUGUCUGAUUCAUUGGUGUGCAUGGGACGACAAUGCUAUUUCUGGACAUUUGUAUGGUGGGGAUGUAUAUCUGUCAUAGGAUUAAUUUCUAGUUUGCUACUAUUCUUGAGAACCAGACAUGCUUAUGAUUGUUUCGAGCGACACCGUAUUUCAGCGCAACCGACAGUGUCUUAACUUCUGACAAUGCAAGGAUGUGAAUAUCAUACAUAAUCGUUGAUAACUGAAAAGCUUAACAUGUAUAGAACAAGAUUUUGGUGGCAGAGUUAAGCAAGGAUGAUUAUUGAUGAGAACAAAUAUAUGAUAUAACACCCUAGCUUAAUAUGGUUGAGGAGAGAUCUAGAUUCAGAGGCAAAAAGAGUUGGAAUUUUGCUUCUAUUCAUCAUAAUGGAACGAGCAAUCAAAAAGUAGAAGCAAAUAAGGAUGGAAGCUUUGGAUGGAUCAGGUUUAGAGGAAAUAUGGAUCCUUAUGAAAUUUGAGACUGUGACUUUUGACAAAGUUAGUAGAUAAAUAUACUCGACUUUGUAAGUUUUUUAUGUUAUCUGAAGUGACAGAUCGUAAAUUGAGUAACAAUUUGAUUUUGUUAUAUAAUAUUCUUUUGAAAAAUA